AAUAUUGCAGCAAUAGGAGAACAAUGUGGAAAUAUAACUGACGUUGUUUUCCCCUGGUCCAUGUCCCUGUCAGUUUUCGCUUUCAUUCAGCGAUACUCUACAGAUCAGCAACAAACCACAGGAUUCCCGGUUCGGGUUCACCCUCAUUGCUGUUCCUGACCUUAAUUACGAUGCGUUUAAUGAUGUCGUUGUUGGUGCCCCAUUGGAGGAUGAUCAUCGUGGGGCAGUGUAUAUUUAUCAUGGACAUCAAGACACCAUUCUUCCAACGUAUAAACAGAGAAUUGCUGCUUUGGCCGUGGACCUGGGACUUUGGUAUUUUGGACGCAGUGCGGAUGGCCAGAUGGAUGUGGACGGAGAUGGAUUGAUCGAUGUGGCAGUGGGAGCUUUCGGCAAGGCUGUCAUCUUUGGGAUACUGCGUGUGGUCCAGGUGAAUGCCUCAGUUACAUUCAGUCCUCCCUUCAUCAAUAUGCUCCUACGGAACUGCCAGAGAAAUGACAGAGAUGUCACCUGUGUUACUGCCACUGUCUGUUUCACCACAAGAGCAAAGUCACCCGGACUGAGCAACAGCACCCUGGAUCUGUAUUAUAACAUUCUGUUGGAUGAAAAGAAGUUUGCUCCCAGGGCCUUGUUUGAUGGAAGUGACCAGAGGCAGAAGGAGGAAGUUAUUCAUCUUCUGACCGAUGGCCUGAAAUGUCACACCCUUCACUUUCACGUCAUUGAUACAGCUGACUACAUUCGGCCUAUUGGGUUCACACUACAGUUUAGUUUGGCUGAACAGCCUGAGGGGCCAAUUCUGGAUGAUGGUUGUGUAACUACAGUUAAAAACUGGAUUCCCUUCUUUAAAGACUGUGGGGACGAUGAUGAAUGUUUGACGGACCUUGCGUUGCAGGCACACUUGGAUAUUUCAGGAUCUAGACAAAGUCCUUACAUUGUAAAAAGCUAUCGACAGAGGGUGUCAGCAAUAGUGAUGCUGGAAAACAGGAAAGAAAAUGCUUACAAUACAAGCCUCAACAUCACCUUUUCCAAAAACCUGCUCUUCACCAGUCUCCUUGUGAAGGAUGAUGCACAGAAUAAGAUUGAAUGUCUGGUGUUAUCGGCACACCACAGGAUCUGCAACGUCAGUUUCCCGGUCUUCAGAUCUCUGAUGCAGGUCUCCUUUCGUAUGGAGUUUGAGUUUCAUUGUUCACAUCUAUUGGAUGAAGUGGAGCUCUACAUCAGUGUUAGCAGUGACAGUACAGAGCUGAAUGAGACGCUUGAUGAUAACACUGUGUACCUGUGGGCAGCUGUCCAGUAUGAAGCAGAUCUCCUCCUCACCAGCAGUGAAUCCACUCUCCAACGUUAUGAGAUGCAGCAGGCAGCAGAGUCAGUACCUGAAGAAAUCCGUCCAGACUUUAACCACACCUUCAAGAUCAAAAACCUGGGCUGCUUUCCUGCUGAAGGUUUGGAAGCUAAAAUCUACAUUCCGACCAUGAUCAACGCAUACUAUCACAUUUCAGCAGUGACCACCGCCUUUACCGAGCCAGUCCUGGGAAUAAAUUGCUCCAUGAGCAAUGCUACAGAUCGACUGAGGGCAAACCAAGACAAAGCCACAGAGGUCCUCAGCAGGGAUUUCACAUACGUGAACCGCCUGGACUGCAGUAAUUCCUGGUGCAGCAUUUUCACCUGCCGUAUGAAUACUGUAGACAGGAGUGAGGAGGUGGUAAUUCACGUUGGCUACAUGCUGUAUGGCAAAUUCUUCAGGACAGUAAAAUUCAGAUCAUUGAAAAUUGUCACUACGCUAACUCUGGAUGUACAAACUUCUCAGGUUCUGACAAUUGCAGAGUCAGCUCGCUAUCGAGAGGUGAUCGUAGAGCUGAUCAAGCCAGUGGUGAUCGCUGUGUCUCUGUGGAUUAUCAUUGGCAGCACACUCGGAGGGCUUCUGCUGCUGGCUCUCAUCAUCUUCAUUCUGUGGAAGUGUGGAUUCUUUAAGAGAAAACAAAAGGAGGAAGAUGAUGAGGACAAGGAGGAGGAUGAGAAGAAAGAGUGAGGCUGAGGGUGCUGAAGUCCAACAUCCUGUACACUCGGCGUCAGGAAUCGCGGACACAUCUACACAGUCCCUCACACACGGUCUCACCGCUGUGCACUUCCUUGAAGCUUCUUUCAGUUUGCAAAUGACCCUCAAAGAGGCUAUGUCACCUUGUCUAAAACUCUUGGGACUAGGCUGGGGUAUGGGGGUGGUGGGCAGGGGGUUCCAGGAUUUGUUACAGAGAUUGUGAUGAACUAGACACAAUCUUUAUGGUGGAUAUUACUGCAUUAUACAAAGACUGUUCCUUUCUAAUGUCAACCCAGCCUCCUUCGCUCAGUCCAAGCCCACUAACCCCACCCCAAUGCUACAUGCAUCCUCUUGUCACAAGAAGCGCAUGCUGGAAAUGAUGCCUUACGUGCACAAAGGGAGUCAAAGUUCAAACAUAUCAAGGAAUGAGCAAAUGUAACUACCAGCGAGCAGGUUCCCUGACACUAGUGUGGACCGAGUAACCCAAAACAUACAUUUACAUUGAUUUGACUCUAUUCUUCCCCCCCCCCCCCCACCACAGUCCAUGUAGUAAACCAUCAAAGGACCAGGGAGUGCUGGGACCAGUGAUCACAUCCAGCUCCCACCCACAUGGUGGAGCUAUUUGUUUCUCAAUAGCCCCAUGCAUUUACAAAUCUGAAACACAGACUUACAUGAGCUGAGACAACAGUGUGUGGUCAGAUAUCUAGCAGUUGAGUUUGGGUUUGAACACAGACCUAGAUCACAACAGAUGGUAUCACUCGGAUUGCUUUACCACAUUGGCAUGUGCCAAAAAUCUUUUCUCAUCUUGAUCUGAAACCACAUGAACGCUGAGGGAAGGGGCUGUACAUUGAGGUAGCCUGACCAUGCUGAGUGCCCCUCUCUGAUUCCAACUUCUCACUGACACCAAACUCACUCGUGGCCUAAAGAACAAAUAUUUACAUGCACUUUAUUUAAAGCUUUGGGUUUUUUUUUGAAAAUAAACAUAUACUAAAAUAAA